UCUACAAAGGGAGCUGCUAUCUGAUCUGCUCACAUGCGAUGGGCGAAAGCACGUAGACAGCGCGCAUGCCUCAACCAUCCCUGUGUUUUGUAGAUCAGUGACAGAGGAAGCGUCUGUCCGUGCGUACGUGAACGGCACCCCGGUGUAUUUGGAUGCAAAGUCAGCCCGUAGACUGACAGCUCGGCGCUCGAAAUGUCGCGUCGUUUUUUGGAGAUAAAGCCUGUUUGAGUACGAUGGGCCUUCGGACAGCUGGCUGAGCCGAGCCAACAGGCACCCCUGGGAGCGUCUUCAUUUGUCGACAAAUUGGGUUACUGACCUGGAUGGUGGUUCCACUUACUCGGAUGCAACCACACGCCCAUGCGACGAUGUCGGUGGAUGUUGCUGCCCUCAGCGUCCAGGUUUGGUUACAGUAAACGCUAAUUAUUUACGUAUUAAAAUAAAAGUGCUGGGGCGGAAGACGCAUGCCUGGACUGGUUACCUACAGCGCGAAUAAUUUAUAGCUACAUCAUCAUCACCAUCAUCUUUAUUAUUAUUAUUAAUAAUAAUUAGAUUAUUGUUAUUGUUAGGACGUGUCGAUCUAUUGAUUGACGGAAAUAUGGAGCCGGAGUGGAUGUCUUCAUCGCCUUAUUUCGUUUCUUCCAGUUGGAUCAGAAAUAGUGUAAUGCUACGAUGCCUUAACGCAAACCUUCGCUGAUAACAUUUUCCACGUUGUUGCCACUGUGUGAUGGUCGUCUUUUCGAAAAGAAGUCUUGGACAUUUAACAAGACUAUUGACCGAUGAUCUGAAACUACCGCGCGUGCAGGAUAAUGAGAAAUGCUGGCAUCCCUUUACUGUCUCCAGUGAAGAAGAGUUUCUUUUCUAACCAAGGACUCGUCACCGUCACACAUGUAGCCCGGCAGAGGCGACUGAACGAGGCCGCUGCACAGAGACGGAGGCGGGUUUGUUGUGUCCAGACUUGGCUGGAUGCUGAACGUGGUGCCACUUUACAGUUGUGUAUUGAAUACCUGCAGCCCAGCCGUCGGCUUGUUUAUGUAAUUCCGCACCUGUCUUAAAAUGGACGGGGGCUUUUUGAUAAAGGCUAUUCAGGGACGUUGAACCGGCUCACCAGUGGCCAUGCAUGUAGGAUUUAGGCUGGACCGGCUUGUCGGGAUGUAGGACGAAUAUCCGCCACCGCGGAUAUUUCCAAACACAGUAGCUUAUAGUAGAGAAAACAGCCCAUGUUCAUGGAGAUGGCUGGCGGGGGAGGUGCAUCUACACUGGGCUGGAUGAGAAAUAAUAAGGACCCCUGCUCGGAGGAUUUUAUUCAGCUCAAAUACAGACUGCGGUUUUUAUUGGCAGCCUAAAAAGUAAAAAAAAUUAUCAGUUGUGGUUUGGUUAUUACCCCUGAGUGUCUCUGUGGCUGCUAGACACUACUUCUCAAUUAACUACAGAAGAGAUUAUGUAUUUAUUAGAGCAAAAGAUUCAACAUCAUAAAUCGCAGCAAUUGAGAGAGCAGUGAGAGAAAUAAUGUCUGGAUUUAAUUUCACAACUCACUCAGACUCAAGACUCAAGACUCAAAGGAUUUCAUCAGACCUGCUGUUUCUCAGAUAAACACAUAUUCUUGUCUCCUGUGAGAAUCUGUGGCAGCUUGUAAAAGACACGAUUGUGUUGUUUUUUGGGGGGGAGGGGGAAGGGGGGCUAUGCACAUUGAUGUGCUCUCCUGGGUUUCAUCGUUUGACCUGGUGUACAUUGUCCCUGAAUGAACUUGCCUUUGGGAAUAUAUGUUACUCACACACUGCAUAGCAACAACUCAGCAGCAACCAGUGACAGGAUUUGGCACAGUUUCAACGGCGAGAUGUGGUGAUGGGGGAGAGCAGUUUCAGCUCUCUGAUCUUUUGAUCCCUCCCCACUGGUGGUCGAGGACACCUCGUCUCUGUCAAUGGGCCCCGUAUGGAUUUUGUGCAUGAGUUGACAGAGGGCAGACCUACAGCGUCAAACAGCAGUCAGGCUGCCAUGAACCCAUAUGGCAAAGUGAGCGGCACAGCAGUCCCCCCGUCCUGCACUAGCUGUGGGGGCUGCUGCUCCCCGCCUCCGCCUUGCCUCAUCCCGCCCGGGCCCCCCUCUUCUACUACCUCUUCCUCUUCCAUUCCCCCGAAUAUGACCCCACCACCACCAAUGUUUCCAGCCCCAGUGGUGCAGGUGGAGAAUGGUAGCAGCUGGAACUCCUCCACCAUCUCCUCCUCCGGCUCUCCAGACUCCCACCCUGGUCACUGCUGUGGGGCCAACAACCCCAACCCCUACUGGACAGCAGUGUUCGACUAUGAGGCCACAGCAGAUGAGGAGUUAACUCUGCGGCGUGGAGACCUUCUUGAGGUUCUUUCCAAAGACUCCAAAGUGUCUGGGGAUGAGGGUUGGUGGACAGGCAAGAUCCAGGACAAGGUGGGUAUCUUUCCGAGCAACUACGUCACAAAGGGGGACACUGCCAACUACCAGCAGCUGACCGCUGGAGGGCUUGUGGCAGGCGGGGUGGGUGAAUGCCCCUUGGAGAUAGACUUCUCAGAACUUUAUCUGGAGGAGGUGAUUGGAGCUGGUGGGUUUGGAAAAGUUUACAAAGGAAUAUGGCGGAAUGAAGAAGUAGCGGUAAAGGCCGCAAGGCAAGACCCCGAUGAGGAUAUUAGUGCCACAGCAGAGAACGUCAGGCAGGAGGCCAGACUCUUCUGGAUGCUUCGGCAUCCCAACAUAAUUGCUCUCCGCGGGGUCUGCCUGCGGGAGCCCAACCUGUGCUUGGUGAUGGAGUACGCCAGAGGGGGGGCUCUAAACCGAGCACUUGCUGGAAAGAAGGUUCCUCCAAAGGUUCUGGUGAACUGGGCGGUCCAGAUUGCCACAGGGAUGGACUACCUGCACAACCAGGCAUUCGUACCUAUCAUCCACAGAGACCUCAAGUCCAGCAACAUCCUCAUCCUGCAGCCGGUGGAGCGGGACGACUUGAGCGGGAAAAUCCUGAAGAUCACAGACUUUGGUUUGGCCAGAGAGUGGCACCAGACGACCAAGAUGAGCGCGGCGGGGACUUACGCCUGGAUGGCCCCGGAGGUCAUCAAGCUCUCCCUCUUCUCCAAGAGCAGCGACGUGUGGAGUUUCGGUGUGCUGCUGUGGGAGCUGCUGACCGGCGAGGUUCCUUACCGGGAGAUAGACGCUUUGGCGGUGGCUUACGGUGUUGCCAUGAACAAGCUAACACUCCCUAUCCCCUCAACGUGCCCUGAACCUUUCGCUCAGCUGCUGGAAGAGUGCUGGAGCCCAAACCCCCACAGCAGACCCUCCUUCACCAGCAUCCUGAGGCGACUGCUGGCCAUCGAGAAGUCGGCCAUGUUUCAGAUGCCUCUGGAGUCCUUCCACUCCUUACAAGAAGACUGGAGGCUGGAGAUCCAGCAGAUGUUUGAUGAACUCAGGGCCAAAGAGAAGGAGCUGAGGUCUUGGGAGGAGGCGUUGGCGCGUGCAGCCGAGGAGCAGAGGGAGCAGGAGGAGCAGCUGAGGAGGAGGGAGCAGGAGUUGGCGGAGAGGGAGAUUGACAUUGUUGAGCGAGAGUUAAACAUCAUCAUCCACCAGGUGUACCAGGAGAAACCCAGUGUUAAGAAAAGAAAAGGCCACUUCAAGAAGAGCAGGCUGCUGAAGCUGGGCCGAGACAGCAACUGCAUCAGUCUGCCCUCUGGCUUUGAGCAUAAGAUCACAGUCCAGGCGUCUCCCAGUGUGGACAAGAGGAAGACUCAAGGGAGCGAGAGCACCACCCCACCUGCCAGCCCGGGGGUCAUACCUCGACUGAGAGCCAUAAGAUUGACACCAAGCGACGGCAGUAAGACGUGGGGCCGCAGUGCUGUGUGUAAGAAGGAAGACCUGUCCACCAGCAAGAAGAAAGGGAGAACAUGGGGACCAAGCUCCACCCACCAGAAAGAGAGAGUCGGCGGGGAGGAGAAACUGAAAUCGCUGGGUGAGGGAUGCAAAGUUUGGUCAUCCAGUGCACCAAAUCUGGGCAAGUCGCCCAAGCAUGCACCCAUGACUGCUGGCUUCUCCAGCCUUAACGAAAUGGAGGAGUGUGGUGAGUUUGAGGAGUCACCCGGCUCCCUGCUGCCCUCAGAGACCAGCAGUAAUGGAGCGGUGGAGGACUCGGGGUCUCUGUGGGGCAGCGUGGGCUCCAACACUGCGUCCGCUGUCGGCAGCUUUUGUCAGGGGCCUGGAGGUCUGGGGUCGGGGGCGAACUCCCAGGACUCGCUCCGUCGCUGCAGCCAGAGGAAGAAGAGCGAUAUGUUGCUGUUGGGUUGUGCCUCUCUGCUCGCUUCUGUUGCACUCGGACAAGACCUGCUGCAGCUGGGAAAGCUACAGGUGCUUCAGGAUGAGCAGGACCUCAGAGAGGAGCAGCGUAAGAAGAAGGAUGGUCUCUUCCAGCGGACGGGACGUUUCCGUCGCAGCACCUCUCCACCGAGCCGAAACCUCUCCCUCUCCCUCUCCAGACAUCACGACUCAGCACUCCCCUGCAUGGACCCUUCCCCCUCUGUUACACUCCUGUCUUUGUCCUCUCUGUCCGAUUGCAACUCCACCAAGUCCCUUCUUCCCUCCGACCCGGAUGAGUACCCCCUGACCCCGAUGACAGGGGUCAAAACGCCGGCGCCGCCACCUGCUCCUGCCCUCAACCCACUCUUGGACUUGCGGGCGGAGAGCUUCAAGAAGGAGCCCAACCAGUCGCUCACGCCCACCCACGUGUCUGCAGCCAUGGCCAUGAACAGAGGACACAGACGGACGCCUUCCGACGGGGCGAUCCGACCCCGAGCUCAAACUCUGGGACACCACAGGACGCCGUCGGAUGGAAGCAUGCCCAUGCCUCCUCCUCCAGGAGUACAACAAAAAAAAGGUACACAGGACACCCUGGAAAUCCCUCGUCUCCCAGACCCCUCCACCAUCUUCCCGGUCCCCCAUCGGCGUAAAGCCCCCGCUCCACCGAUCCCCGACCCGGAUGCUCACUGCCUCAUCAGUCCCCUGGAGCGACCCAAGACGCUAGAAUUUGCCCCCCGGCCGCGGCCCACCCCUGCCAGGAUGAGAGCCGACCCCUGGAAGCUGGGCUCUCUCUCCCGGACCAUCAGCUCGUCGCCGGGCAGCAGCUGUGACAGCCCCCUCGGCUCAGGGGACAGCAGCGCCAGCGCCGCACGGCCCAACCUCAUGGACAUGGACGUGGAGGGACAGAGUUUGGACCACACUGUUCCUCUGUGUGGGCAGCGGCAGUCGGCCACUCUGUGUGGACAACAAUACUCAUAGUAUACGAGAAAAAAACAACAACAAGUGAACAUUUACAAGUUCUUUUUUGCAGGACAUUAGAGCUUGGGCUGAAUAAGGAAUGCCAACUGAUGUCUGAGCCGUUUGCAAAGUUUGCAAAAACAUCUUGUCAUGUCUUAGGCACUUACCUAAGGGAAGCCAUUCCUGUCCUUUUAGCAUCCUAAUAAGGUGUGAAACCCUUACAGCACGCCUCUCCCUGAUAGUGCUCUCUAACCUGCACGACACAGACGGUCCUGGAGGCCUUUUUAAAGCCUUGUAGUGUGCUCACCCACCCACUUCACCUGACACUUCUUCUCAUUGGAAGCCAUGUCUACCUGCUUCUUAGUGCCCCACCACCAGGUUGCAUUUCCUUCGAGACUCACAAUCUUCAAAAGCCAUUCAAGUACUUUUUAAAAAUACACUUUUUGACUCUGCUAGCUGUUCAUUUCGACCCACCUGCCUGUGCUUUUGCCUGUUUGUGUAGCUGUCCACUUUCUGCUUGCGUCUCUCACGCCAAACACCACCAAAUAAAAAACAAAUCUUCAUCCACAUUUCACUCUAAACAUUCAUUGCUUCAGAAUCGUGGAGCAGGACGGUUUAAGAUUAUUAACAGAGAGUGUCUUUGUUCUUAUUUUGCACGCUGUUUGUUUUGCCGGUGCACAAACAUCUCCCAUUAAACCCUCCUUCGCCAGUCCUCAUCCUUCCUCACACGUGUGUCAUCUCUCUACAUGGGGGUCGCCGUCACCUCUUCCCUCCAAAACUGGGACAGGAAAAAGCCUUUUUUUUCUCAUUGCACUGGUUUACUGGUUCUAUCCUCAGCCUUGUACAGUUAAAAAAACAAAAAAAGAAAGAAAAGAGAACCUUUUUUAUUUUCUCAGUGCAUCCCAACCACAACCUGUUAGCAAAAAUGUUUUUCUAUUGGUUUGGCAGACCAGGUGCGUUUUUCUUCGUGUGAAUGUGUAUAUAUUACUGUACACGUGUGGAAGAACAAAAUGGGUUCAUUUUGUGUAUGAGUGUGUGUGUGCUGGUGCUGUUUCAGUGCAUGUUAUUUUUACGUGUGAACGGCUCGCUGUGCUGCUCAUCCGUUUGUCUUUUAGACGUUUUUUUUCCCCUUCUUCUCUAGCAGUCAGUAGCGCUCUGUAUGGAUCCCGUUCAUGCCGCCCAAACGGACACAUAUAAGUUUGGAGACCUCAUGUGACUGCAUCUCACCUGUUGUGUUCAACAUCAUCGACACCUUAGGGGUCAUGUUGUGCGACUAGUCUGUCUCUCUGUGGACUCACUAGUCACUGCUGACAAAUCGACUUUGGAGUUGUUUUCUCACAGUGGAUGUUUCUUCUUGGCUGCAGGUGGUAUUUACUUGACACUGCAAAUUUCUCUAAGUGGGUGAGUGUGUGUUUGUGUGAAUGUGUGCGUGUUAUCGUUUGUAUGGGAUGAUGAUAAACCCAUCAGUAGAAGAGUGAGCCCAAACUCAUUCUCCUCAUGUGGUUAAGAACACUGAGUAUUUAUUAAAUUUAUUGUUAUUACUGGAAAGGAUGAAUUAUUAUUACGAUGCUCUUCCUGGGAUAUAUGUAUAUAUUUGUUAAUAUAACAGGAAAAACCGAGGAAAACCUAGAAAACUGCUUACUGAAAUGUCCAUGUUGUUUCCAAUCUCAACCUGUGACAUUACUGGGUGCAGUGCGGAAAAAUUGUGAAAUGUGAUGACUGAGAGAUGAAUAAAAAAAAACAAAGAAAGAUGCUUCAAUGUCAGUGCU